GUUGGGUCACGCCAUUUUUUGUUCUCUCGUCUACCUUUUUUUUUUUUGGUAAACCUCUCGUCUACCUUUUGUUCUCUAAGAGAUUUUCAGGGUUGAUCGAGAGUUCAAAGGAAGGAAGAAAGACAUAUUUUUGCGUCCCGUCUCCAUCUCUGGCCUCUGAUUUCAGUUGUAUCCAUGGGAUCUGAAGGGCCACCAGCUGUGACGAUUCACAUUACUGGCUUCAAGAAGUUCCAUGGAGUCGCUGAGAAUCCUAGUGAAAAAAUGGUGAGCAAUCUGAAAGAGUAUGUGACGAAGAACGGUCUGUCGAAAGAUAUUGUUAUUGGUAGCUGUAAUGUUCUUGAAACUGCUGGACAAGGAGCCGUGGAUUCGCUUUAUCAGAUGCUACAAUCGUCGGUUAACACGAAAGAAUCUGAGUCAUUGAACUGUGGAAAAACGAUUUGGGUUCAUUUCGGAGUUAAUAGUGGUGCUAUGAAGUUUGCUAUUGAACAACAAGCUGUGAAUGAAGCUACUUUUUGUUGCCCUGAUGAAAUGGGAUGGAAACCUCAGAAACAGCCAAUCAUUCCAGAUGAUGGUCAGAUCUCAACUGCGAGAAGGACUUCGCUUCCUGUCGAGGAGAUAACAACGGCGUUAGAGAAAAAGGGCUAUGAGGUCAUGACAUCGGGUGAUGCAGGCCGGUUUGUCUGCAACUAUGUAUAUUAUCACUCGCUGAGAUUCGCAGAGCAGAGCAAGAUCAAGUCAUUAUUUGUUCACAUUCCUCUUUUCGCUACCAUUAACGAGGAGACCCAGAUGGGAUUUGUGGUUUCUCUGCUUGAGGUACUAGCUUCUUUGUACAAGUAAUGUUAUUCAAGUUCAGCCCAGAACUUGAUCCUUUUCAUUCUUAUUCAUGAUAGUUGUUUCAUGGAUCAUUUGUCUCAUGAAAGCCUUCAUCAAUAAAUGGAAAUAUGUUUGUCAUUUCUCCGGUUAUCUCUCUUGUACAUCUACUCGUUAUUUCCCUUCAUACUCAUAUUGAAACUC